UUCCGUGUGUUGCAGUCUUGUGGCGUUCUGCAGGCCCCCUGCCAGUGACCCCAGGCUUUUUAUGGCUGUGAGACUCAUUAAAAGCUCAGGGGUGAGAAGUGACCUUUUGAGGUGACUAUAACUGAAGAGUGAAUUACAGAAGCCAAAAAAAAAAAAAAAAAACAAAAAAAACAAAAAAAAGGUUUUUGAGUCAUGAUGCAAGAAUCUGGGUCUGAGACAAAAAGUAACGGAUCAGCCAUCCAGAACGGGUCCAGCAGUGGCAACCACUUGCUAGAGUGCGGGGCACUUCGUGAAGGCCGAUCCAACGGGGAGGCACCAGCGGUGGAUCUGGGGGCAGCCGACCUUCCCCACGUCCAGCAGCAGCAGCAGCAGGCCCUGCAGGUGGCAAGGCAGCUCCUCCUUCACCAGCAGCAGCAGCAACAACAGCAGCAGCAGCAGCAACAACAGCAGCAGCAGCAGCAGCAGCAGCAACAGCAGCAGCAGCAGCAACAGCAGCAGCAGCAACAGCAACAGCAAGUUAGUGGAUUAAAGUCUCCCAAGAGGAAUGACAAGCAACCAGCUCUUCAGGUUCCCGUGUCAGUGGCUAUGAUGACACCUCAGGUUAUCACUCCUCAACAAAUGCAGCAGAUCCUCCAGCAGCAAGUGCUGAGCCCCCAGCAGCUCCAGGUUCUCCUCCAGCAGCAGCAGGCCCUCAUGCUUCAACAGCAGCAGCUUCAAGAAUUUUAUAAAAAACAACAGGAACAGUUGCAGCUUCAACUUCUCCAACAGCAACAUGCUGGAAAACAGCCGAAAGAGCAGCAGCAGGUGGCUACCCAGCAGUUGGCUUUCCAGCAGCAGCUUCUCCAGAUGCAGCAGCUGCAACAGCAGCACCUCCUGUCUCUGCAGCGUCAAGGCCUUCUAACAAUUCAGCCGGGGCAGCCUGCCCUUCCCCUCCAACCCCUUGCUCAAGGCAUGAUUCCAACGGAACUGCAGCAGCUCUGGAAAGAAGUGACAAGUGCCCACGCCUCGGAGGAGGGUACAGGCAGCAACCACAGUAGCCUAGACCUGGCCAGCACGUGCGUCUCGUCCUCGGCGCCUUCCAAGACCUCCCUAAUCAUGAACCCGCACGCCUCUACCAAUGGACAGCUGUCAGUCCACACUCCCAAGAGGGAAAGCUUGUCCCAUGAGGAGCACCCCCACAGCCAUCCUCUGUAUGGACAUGGUGUAUGCAAGUGGCCAGGCUGCGAAGCGGUUUGUGAUGACUUCCCGGCCUUUCUAAAACAUCUCAACAGUGAGCAUGCGCUGGACGAUAGAAGCACAGCUCAAUGUAGAGUACAAAUGCAGGUUGUACAGCAGUUAGAGCUACAGCUCGCAAAAGACAAAGAGCGCCUGCAAGCCAUGAUGACCCACCUGCACGUGAAGUCUACAGAACCCAAAGCUGCCCCUCAGCCCCUGAAUCUGGUAUCAAGUGUCACCCUCUCCAAGUCCGCAUCAGAGGCUUCUCCGCAGAGCUUACCUCAUACUCCGACCACCCCAACCGCCCCCCUGACUCCCGUCACCCAAGGCCCCUCUGUCAUCACCACCACCAGCAUGCACACAGUGGGGCCGAUCCGCAGGCGGUACUCAGACAAAUACAACGUGCCCAUCUCUUCAGCAGAUAUUGCGCAGAACCAAGAAUUUUAUAAGAAUGCAGAAGUUAGACCACCAUUUACGUAUGCAUCUUUAAUUAGGCAGGCCAUUCUCGAAUCUCCAGAAAAGCAGCUAACACUAAAUGAAAUCUAUAACUGGUUCACACGAAUGUUUGCUUACUUCCGACGCAAUGCAGCCACGUGGAAGAAUGCAGUGCGUCAUAAUCUUAGUCUUCACAAGUGUUUUGUGCGAGUAGAGAACGUUAAAGGGGCAGUAUGGACAGUGGAUGAAGUAGAGUUCCAAAAACGGAGGCCACAAAAGAUCAGUGGUAACCCCUCCCUUAUUAAAAACAUGCAGAGCAGCCAUGCCUACUGCACACCUCUCAAUGCAGCUUUACAGGCUUCCAUGGCUGAGAACAGUAUACCUCUGUACACUACCGCGUCCAUGGGCAACCCCACGCUGGGCAACCUGGCCAGUGCCAUCCGGGAGGAGCUGAACGGGGCCAUGGAGCACACCAACAGCAACGAGAGCGACAGCAGUCCGGGCAGAUCCCCUCUGCAAGCCGUGCAUCCCGUACACGUCAAAGAGGAACCCCUCGACCCCGAGGAAGCUGAAGGGCCUCUGUCCUUAGUGACAACAGCCAACCACAGUCCAGAUUUUGACCAUGACAGAGAUUACGAAGAUGAACCAGUAAAUGAGGACAUGGAGUGAACCUCUGGACGGGCCGACCCCUGAGACCGAAGAUUGGGGAAAAAAAAAAAAAAAAAAAAAGCAAAACAAAACAAAUUAAAACAAACAAACCACGUCAAAAGUUAGCAGUGAAGCCGUCCUCCGCUUGUUGUACAGUCUGGAGGAUUUUCGCUACAUUUUGACGACUCUGAAAUGUGUUAACUCUUAGUGCCAUCAAGAAUCCCAUUUGGGAGUAUUUUUGAUUUUUCUACUUUUUGUUGACAAAAGGGAUUUGUACUCUGUGCAUUGGACGGACCUGUUUGGUACUUGGGAUUUUCCUCUCUGAGUCAACAUCAGUGUUGUAAAUUCGAUAAACGGAUCGACUUUUAGCAGCAGACUUUGAACUGCAGUUCUGUCCCGCCAGCCCCGGACAUCCAGGACACCCCGACUGAGCUCGCGCCCUGCGCUGCAGACCAAGCCUUCGCCCGAUUCAAGACUCCAGUGGACGACCUAUUUGCACAGCACUGCAUGUUGAUAUCACUGCCUUUACUCACUUUGGGUUUUUUUGUUUUGUUUUGUUUUCAUUUUCGUUUUUGCUUCCAGUUGGGAUGGGGGAAGGCCUUUGUGUGUGUAUUGGGGGGAGGGGUUAAAAAUAAUUAUCCCAAACUUUUUAAUGUAUUGCAAUUUUUUUUUUUUUUUUUUUUUUUUGCUUCUUCUAUACCAUUUUAAGUUCUGACCUCAGGCCUCCAUUUGGGCCCAUGGCCUCUUGGAGGCUUCACAUUUUCUGUACCUUGUGAUGAAUGUUAAUAGGUGUUUUUAUUAUACAAAGCUGAAUGUCAUUUCUCGUCUGUAGUUUUCUGGCACUCAUUCCAUUUUCCUAUAGACAUCACCAUGUUUCUCUCAAGUUUCAAAAAAAAAAAAAAAAACAAACAAAACAAAACAUUCCGUUUUGGUCUUUUUCCAAAAAAAAAAAAAAAGAUCCCAAAGACUGCACCUUUGACCUGAAGGUCCUCUCACAGGGACAUGACGUCCUGCCAGAAGGAGAAGGAAUGACAGGAAAGAGAAGAGAGAAACCCGUGUUGCGCACACACUCUAGGAACACAGCAGGCUCAUUUCACAGGAGCAGCCCUGGGGUUGGGAUGGGGACUGUAUGAGACUCCCCUUUUAUUUUCGUAGUGCCCACAACGGUGAGUAACUGCCGCCACAUUCUCUCAGCAUCAGGAAACAUAGCCGAGAGAGAGACUGAAAAGAGUCAACAAUCCCUAACAAUUAGACCGUCUUGAUGGCCGUGGAAGGUGUUCCCUCCUCCCAUCAGGUGGCCAGGACCGCAGGCUCUGAGUUGUCCCUAACGGCCUAGGCUGCUUUGUUUGCGAAACGACCAAAAAGCCAGAUUCCCUAAGCAACUUUACUCAACCGCCUGUGAUAAGGCUGAGUUCAGACCUGCUUGGUGGCAUUCAUCUGUUUUAAUGCAAAUGAGACUUCAUGUUGAACUUGUUACGGGAGUUAAUGAGGACUGAGCUCAGCAGAUGCUAAUGUGUCGGUUUCCAGCGCACAGAGUCCGGACUGCAGCUCAGUCUGCGAGGCUCACGAGCACCGCCCCACCCAGUAGCACAGAAGAGGACUCCAGGUAGACGGAGGCUCCGGGGACCAGGGCCCAAGGAGGGUGAAGCUCUAGGUCAGUGUAUCCUCAGCCCUUCAAGCCCCUCCACACUUCCAUCUGCACUCACCUCCCUGGAAUUUAUUUAUCUAGGGCUGUAACUCUUGUUUGGGUUUAGUUUGUGAGCCUUUCAGAGCUUAAUUUAUAUACUUUGUACCUUUUUCUUUUUUCUUCUUUUCUAAAAUUACCAAAGAUAUUACGCAAAGGUAAAUUAUUUUCUUUUAUGCUUUAUCUGAUGAAGCCAAAUAUCCUCUUAUUGUUGAUCAAAGGAGGCAAAAGGAUUCAGAGGCAGAUGAUGAGGUCCAGGCUAUUUGCCAUCAACAGAGUUCAUUUAGCAGACUCAGUAGGAAUUGCAACCAAAGUUUUUUACUUUUUUCUACUUUUGUUGUUUUUUGGGUUUUUUUUUUUUCUCCUUUUUUUCUCUACCUAUACAGAGACCAAAACAAACUCCUGUAAGGAGAAAAUACGGGGCUGCUGCAGAGAAAAGAAACCCGGACAGCAGUAUUAGAGCUCCUAUAGAAAGAACGGGGUACCAUCUCAAAGAAAAGGAAAUGAAUGUAUGAUUCUGAAAAUUAGUGUAUGAAUCGAGGAGACAUCUAGGAUAAACUCAGAUUGCUGAGAAGUAUCUGGCUGCACUAGGCCACUUCUGGAAUAAAGAGAUUUUUAGAAUGCUCUUAUGCCACUUUUCUUUAACAGCUGUGCUCUGAUCACGGCAUUAAUUUUGGUUUAUCUUGGCAUCUAUCCUGUAGUUCCCUUUGGCUUUUUGUUGUUGUUUUUCCUUUUUCAGAUUAUGAUUCAGUCAGCAUUUUUCAUUUACACACAAAAAAAGGUGGCAUUCCCAUCCAUUCAUAAGCUUAGAAUAGAACAUCUUUGGCAAUUACCUGUGAAAGUUUGCCCUGCUUUCUACAGAGGGGCGGUCUGUGGUUACUCGUGCUCUCCCCCACCCCUCACCCCUGCCCUCCCACACACACUUUUCCAGGCAGCUUCAUGAAGUGCAGGCAGUAGCCAGGCAGGGUCAUGGGAAGGGGGCCCUGUGCUUCUAAACUGAGUGGUUGCUGGUUAGAUAUUCAAAAGAGGAUAAAAAUCUGGUAGAUUAGUUCAUUCUCAGCAUGUGUAGCUAGACAUGAGUAAAGAUAACAGCAUGAGAACUGUUAGUACGCAUACCUCAGUUCAAACCUUUAGGGAAUGAUUAAAAAUUUUUAAAAAUAUACAUUUCACUCAGUUGCACUUAGUCGUAUGUCUUGCAUGCUUAGUCUAAAGACUGUAGCAAAAAAUAAAAAAGAAAAUUAGAUUUUACAUAUCUUUGCAGGUGUCACAGCCUUGCAGAAGAACCAACUGAAAAAAAAAAAGUUCUCAGGCUUUACAGCAAGCAAUCUUCACUCUGACUUUCACGGUUCCGAUUCUGUCCCUUGGGGGGAUUACGGUCGCUUCUUUAGAAUGGGGUUGACUCGGUUGUACAUAUAUCCCGAUGUGUCUGUGUGAAUCGUUGUCUUUUGAGGGGGAGGGCCGAGGGCAGUUUUUUCUUUUUAAUUAUUUUAUUUUUUAGGUAUUGUUCCUAAAAAGGAAUAAAUGCAUACACUUGUUU